AUGAAUUCGACUAUUAAUGAUUUAUUAGCCGAGGAACAACGACUGCAGGUCCUCUCUCAGGAGACAUCUCAGGGACCAUCUGACCUGACACUUGCUGUAUCCACCUCUGCAUCAAACUGUAGUUCCACUCAUUUAACUUGUCGCGGUUGUAACAAAGUGGGACAUGUCGUUGCUCAGUGCAAAGAUUGGUGCGCUUAUUGUCGAAGGACUGGUCAUGGUAUUCAGCAUUGUCAUUCACGUGCCUAUGUAUCCUCAUUCGGCUAUGGACAUGGUGGUCAAGGUCGCGGCCAUGGUCGUGCUCUUUCUGUUACUUUUGCGACUACUUCUUUCGAGCCUUCUGUUAGUGAUACUGCAUCCACUGGUUCUAUUGAAGGUCUUUCCUCACCUUUGACUCCUGCGAUGCUCCAGCAGAUUGUGCAAGCCCUUUCUGCGGCCGGUAUAUCAGUAUAUGUGAAACCUCCUUCUGGAUCUUUAAUCUCUGCCGAUAAGGUCUGUCGCCUGAAGAAAGCUCUAUACGGUCUUAAACAGGCCUCUCGAGCAUGGUUCCAACGAUUUCAUGUUGUUGUUAUUGGAGCUAGCUUUACUCAAAGUGGUCAUGAUCCAUCUUUAUCCUUACGCACCACUGAGCGUGGAAUCGUCAUUGUUCUCGUAUAUGUUGAUGACCUACUUCUGAUUGGUAGUGAUGAUACUGGCAUUUCGGCAUUAAAGAAAGUUCUCAAGUCAUCCUUCAAGAUAAAGGACCUAGGACAUCUGACAUACUUUCUUGGACUUAAAUUUUCACGUUCUAUACGUGGAAUCCUGAUGUUUGAUGAAAUGCCUAUAUGA